CGCGGGUGAGAUGGCGGAUGGCACCGGAGUGAAAUGCCAGCGCAGCGGCAGCGGGGACUGCCACGGCGAUAAUUCCUUCACUCAGUCCGUCAGUCGAGACUCGAGAGUCGAGAGCAUACUCCUCUUACAGUGAAAAAAAAUAGAAAAUUUUGAAGCUUUUCUUUUGGUUGACGAAGCAAGCAAGGAAGGAAUCUUGAAAACCCCCAAAGCACGCAGGCAGGAGGAAGGAAUGAAUUAUUCGAAGGACUUUCCCGCUUGCUAAAUAACACGCCUCCGCCCUUUUUCCCCCCGAAGGGGUUCGACAGAGUUGAUCGCCGUUUCCGACUCAGCUGAUCUACCCGACAGAGUUCCUGGGUCGGGCCAAGAUCUUGGUGGGAGAAGCUGGGUGGAGCUCUUGGCAAUCCCAUUUGUUCCGAUUCUGGUUUCUAGGGCUGGUGAGAAGAAAAAGGUUGGAUCUUUGGGUUCUGCUAAUUGCGCGGAUUUGGGAGCGAGGGUGUGAAGGAAUCUUUCUCAAAUGGCAAUCAACAAGUCGAGACCUAAAAAGCCCUCCAAAUUGUCCGUUUACCUUUAUAUUCCCAACAUAAUUGGUUAUGUGCGGGUUCUCAUGAAUGUUUAUGCCUUUGCUAUAUGUUUCACCAACAAGCAGCUUUUCUGCAUCCUUUAUUUCAUUAGUUUUGUGUGUGAUGGGAUUGAUGGUUGGGCUGCUCGGAAAUUCAAUCAAGUUUCAACAUUUGGAGCAGUUCUGGACAUGAUAACAGACAGGAUUAGCACCGCCUGUUUGCUUGUAAUCCUUUCUCAAGUAUACAGGCCUGGUUUGACUUUUGUAUCACUGGUUGCCCUGGAUAUUGGUAGCCACUGGCUGCAGAUGUACAGUACAUUCUUGCUAGGUAAAGCUAGUCACAAAGAUGUGAAAGACAGCACCAGCUGGCUAUUCAGGGCUUACUAUGGCAACCGUAUGUUUAUGGCUUACUGUUGUGUUGCGUGUGAGGUUCUCUAUAUUUCGUUAUAUCUUCUAGCCGAGAAGCCAACUGAACAUUUGAUGGAUGUCCUGUUGUCCUUGACGAAAGAGAUUUCCCCUUUCUCGAUUUUAGUUGGUUUAAGUUUGUUCGGAUGGGCAAUCAAACAAGUUGUAAAUGUGAUACAGAUGAAGACAGCAGCAGAUAUUUGUGUCCUUCACGACAUCAACAAGAAAGAGAGCCCUUGACAAUGCUCUCCAUGGUUUCCGCAAAGAAGAAGGGAAGGUUUCUCCAUGAGCCAAAGUUCCUGCGUUCUUAUGUUUAUGUGGAAAAACACUAAUUCGGGGUGGGCGCAGCAAUGUCACUGUACUGCAACUUUGCAGGUUUCUCUAACUUCUUGUCUUUCCACAACUUGUGUCUUGUUCAUUGCCGUGGGAAGGAAAGAUCUGAUGCUUGGUGCAAGAUAUGUUCAUGUGGUUUAAUCCCACUGGACCAGGUUUUGAGAGAGUUUGGUGCGGUUUUUAGUUUUUUUGCCGUGUGUGGCUUUGUUUCCUUUCAGAACACUGGCUGGUUGUGUCUAGUUAUAGAUCUCAGAAGUUGAGGAACUCCAUCGUGACGAAUUUAUAGGCCUCACACAUCCAAGUUUCAAAACUCCUGUGAUGAUAUAGGAAACCUUUUUUCAUAGAACUAGAUUGAAUUUCACAUGAUUUACAUCUGGAAAGGAAAAGUUCCCAUAUGUUCUGCAACAUCGGGCCAUAACCGAUGGAGAUAAUCUUCCUUAGUCACUCAUAUCAUAUAGCUCCUUCGAAACUCUUGCUGGAAAAUUAGUGCAAAGUACAAGCAAAUCAAUAAUCAAAAUCCUUACUAAUACAUGUCGAACACAAAUCGACUGAGAAUUACGACCUGAAACUCUAAACUGAAGAGACAUAACAAAAUAGAGCUCUCAAAACUGAUAGCUUGGUGACGGACUAAGACGCUAGCCUUCUCCUUUUUCACUGCUCGUGCAAGACCUCAGCAGCAUAAUGCAACCAAAUGGCUCAUUCAAUCAUCUCUCCUCUACCUUUAAAGCUGUAGCUUGCAAAUACCUAUUUAGAAGUAUCAAUCAAUUCAAUACAAGCUGAACCCGAAAAACUGGCUGAUGAGAAUGGAGACACCAAGAGCGAUAGCUAUGAAGGAAGAUGCCCACGUGAGCUUCUCAGUUAUCCUAGGCACCCGGUCCUUCAACGCCUCACUACAGGACCCUAUGAAAACUGUAUAGCACCCCAUUGCAACGACAGUUCCCACCAAGAACAUGACCAGAAAAGCCGCACCAGCCACUCGAGAAGGCAAAGCGAGUGCAGGCAAAACCAUCAUGAGCGCAUCAGGCUGCAAUCCAUGAACAAUUCCAGUAGCAAAGGUAGCGAAACCUAUCUUCUUCUUCUGCGCUACUGCAGGGGCGGUAUCCAGUGAUUCAUAGACACCCACAUCACACUCUCCAUUUUCUAGGGCAACACAUGGUGCGGGGACCUCAGAAGCUUCCUUUAUCCCCAUACCGCCAAUGACAAGUAGGGUAAGACCGACAACUCGAGUGCCCCAAGUUCUGAGGAUCUCGAUAUGGAGCCUAUCCUUGAGCAGGAGAAACAGAAGACCGAAGAUUACCUGGCCAGCAUCAUGGCCACACCCCCACAGAGCUCCAACAGCAGCACUUUCAAGACGUGUUCGACCAAUUGAGAGUGGAGCCAAAGCUGCUAGGUGAUCUGGACCUGAGAGUGUGUGGAGACAACCAGCGAAGAAACCAGUCCAUGCGCUGCUUAAGAGUUCGGUCCGGAUUAGUUUUGCUCCUAGACCAGCAGGAGCACUGGCCUUGGCCGCUGUUUGGUAGGUUGCUAAUGCCGGUGAUGCAAACAUUGGGUGCAUCGUGAACAUCAAGAUAGCCGAGAGUAGUACACAAGCCGCAACACUCACUACCUUUCGUGGCAAAUGACUGGAUUCAGUCGGGAUCUGUUCGACAAGAUCGGAACUUGGGGCCGACCCAGCGCAGGAAUCGACUUUUAGAGGGGCCAGAGACGGCAAUUUCCCGGAAGAAACGGACGCUACAGACGGUGGGUUCGUCUCAUAUUUGCAGGAGAUGGUCCUAGCUCGCCGGAGCUGCAGCAGCGGCCGCCGUGGCAGAAGAGGGAAGCCGCCGAGUUUCGCGGCAUCGAUUCGGGGAAGACGAGGCAGAGAAGAAGUAGUGGGCUUGCAGUGGAGUUUGAGAGGCGCCGUGGGAGAAGAAGAGUAGAGCAGCCUCUCCAUCGUUGAGGUGGGGUAACUCUUCGUCGUGAGGUCUGUCCUCCGCCGGAAGGUUUUCCAGAGGCGGAGAAGGUUUUUGUAGUGGAAAAUUUUGGGCUUUUGGUUUGGGUUGGUGUAGAUAAAGUAAGUUGGCGACUAGAAAGGAACAAGAGAGGGUUUAAUUAA